AUGAGUACUGCACGGCGCGGGGGCAGACCCCGCCUUUUCCCUUUGCAGCUCUUCAGCCUCUGCUGGGUGCUCUCAGUGGCCCAGAGCAAAACUGUCCGAUACAGCACCUUCGAGGAGGACGCCCCCGGCACGGUCAUCGGGACCCUCGCCGAGGACCUGCACAUGAAAGUGUCUGGAGACACUAGCUUCCGCCUGAUGAAGCAAUUCAACAGCUCUCUGCUCCGGGUCCGCGAGGGCGACGGGCAGCUGACCGUCGGGGACGCAGGCCUCGACAGAGAGCGGCUGUGCGGCCAAGCCCCGCAAUGCGUGUUGGCCUUCGACGUGGUCAGCUUCUCGCAGGAGCAGUUCCGGCUGGUGCACGUGGAGGUGGAGGUGAGGGACGUCAACGACCACGCGCCGCGCUUCCCCCGAGCCCAGAUCCCCGUGGAGGUGUCCGAGGGCGCGGCCGUGGGCACGCGCAUCCCCCUGGAGGUGCCGGUGGAUGAGGACGUGGGAGCUAACGGGCUGCAGAGCGUGCGCCUGGCCGAGCCGCACAGCCCCUUCCGCGUGGAGUUGCAGACGCGCGCGGACGGCGCCCAGUGCGCCGAUCUGGUGCUGUUGCAGGAGCUGGACCGCGAAAGCCAGGCCGCCUACAACCUGGAGCUGGUGGCCCAGGAUGGCGGCCGCCCGCCGCGCUCUGCCACGGCCGCCCUCACCGUGCGUGUGCUGGACGCCAACGACCAUAGCCCGGCCUUUCCACAGGGCGCCGUGGCCGAGGUGGAGCUGGCGGAGGACGCGCCCGUGGGCUCGCUGCUGCUGGACCUGGACGCGGCCGACCCGGACGAGGGCCCCAACGGCGACGUGGUGUUCGCCUUCGGCGACCGCACUCCGCCCGAGGCGCGGCGUCUGUUCCGGCUCGACCCUCGCUCAGGCCGCCUCACUCUAGCCGGGCCCGUGGACUAUGAGCGCCAGGACACCUACGAGCUGGACGUGCGGGCCCAGGAUCGCGGCCCUGGGCCACGCGCCUCCACCUGCAAGGUCAUCGUUCGCAUCCGCGACGUCAAUGACAACCCGCCGGACAUCGCCAUUACCCCAUUGGCCGCCCCGGGGGCUCCAGCAGCCUCGCCCUUCGCGGCCGCCGCCGCUGCAGCCCUCGGGGGAACGGACGCAACCUCAUCAGCAGGGCCUGGGACGCCCGAGGCCAGCACCACCUCUGUGGUGCCGGAGGGGGCGGCGCGCGAGAGCCUGGUGGCUCUGGUCAGCACCUCGGACAGGGACUCAGGGGCCAACGGGCAGGUGCGCUGCGCCCUCUACGGGCACGAGCACUUCCGGCUGCAGCCGGCGUACGCGGGCAGCUACCUGGUGGUGACCGCGGCGUCGCUAGACCGCGAGCGCAUCGCCGAGUACAACCUGACGCUGGUGGCCGAGGACCGCGGCUCGCCCCCGCUGCGCACCGUGAGACCCUACACGGUGCGCGUGGGCGACGAGAACGACAAUGCGCCGGUCUUCACGCGGCCAGUCUACGAGGUGUCCGUCCGCGAGAACAACCCGCCGGGCGCCUACCUGGCCACCGUCGCCGCUCGGGACCCGGACCUGGGCCGCAACGGUCAAGUCACCUACCGGCUGCUGGACGCCGAGGUGGGCCGCGCUGGAGGCGCCGUGUCCACCUAUGUUUCAGUGGACCCAGCUACGGGGGCCAUCUACGCGCUGCGCAGCUUCGACUAUGAGACGCUGCACCAGCUCGACGUGCGCAUCCAAGCGAGCGACGGUGGCUCCCCUCAGCUUUCCAGCAGCGCCCUGGUGCAAGUGCGGGUGCUGGACCAGAAUGACCACGCGCCAGUCCUGGUUCACCCAGCGCCAGCCAACGGCUCCCUGGAAGUGGCUGUCCCCGGGCGCACCGCAAGGGACACAGCUAUAGCGCGCGUGCAGGCCCGGGAUGCUGACGAGGGCGUCAAUGGAGAGCUGGCAUUCGACCUGCAGCAGCAGGAGCCCCGCGAAGCCUUCGCUAUUGGCCGCCGCACGGGGGAGAUCGUGCUUACCGGCGACCUCUCCCAAGAACCUCCAGGCAGCGUAUUUCGGGCGCUGCUGGUCAUAUCCGACGGCGGCCGCCCCCCUCUCACCGCCACCGCAACUGUUAGUUUCGUGGUAACAGCAGGCGGCGGGCGUGGGUCAGCUGCGCCUGCCAGUGCCGGAACCCCGGAGCGCUCCCGCCCGCCAGGCUCUCGCCUCGGGGCGUCGGGGCCAGCGCUGCAGUGGGACACGCCGCUGAUCGUGAUCAUCGUGUUGGCCGGGAGCUGCACGCUGCUGCUGGCCGCCAUCAUCGCCAUCGCCACCACCUGCAACCGCCGCAAGAAGGAGGUGCGCAAAGGGGGGACCCUCCGGGAAGAGCGGCCCGGGGCGGCGGGCGGCGGAGCCUCGGCUCCCGGCUCCCCGGAGGAGGCCGCCCGGGGAGCCGGGCCCAGGCCCAACAUGUUCGACGUGCUCACCUUCCCCGGCAGCGCCAAAGCGCCCUUUGGCAGCCCCGCGGCCGACGCGCCCCCGCCCGCGGUCGCCGCGGCCGAAGUGCCGGGCUCGGAGGGCGGCAGCGCCACUGGGGAAAGCGCCUGUCACUUCGAGGGGCAGCAGCGGCUCCGCGGCGCGCACGCCGAGCCCUACGGUGCCUCUCCCGGCUUCGGAAAGGAGCCGGCGCCCCCUGUGGCCGUCUGGAAAGGACACUCAUUCAACACCAUCUCCGGCCGCGAAGCUGAGAAGUUCAGCGGCAAAGACAGUGGCAAAGGGGACAGUGAUUUCAACGACAGCGAUUCCGACAUCAGCGGGGACGCUCUGAAAAAGGAUCUCAUCAACCACAUGCAGAAUGGCCUGUGGGCGUGCACUGCGGAGUGUAAGAUCCUGGGCCACUCUGACCGCUGCUGGAGCCCGUCCUGUGCUGGACCGAAUGCACAUCCCUCGCCUCAACCUCCAGCGCAGAUGUCAACCUUCUGUAAGAGCACGUCUCUGCCCCGGGAUCCUCUGCGCAGGGACAACUACUACCAGGCCCAGCUGCCCAAGACUGUAGGGCUGCAGAGCGUCUACGAGAAAGUGCUGCACAGAGACUAUGACAGGACAGUCACUCUGCUCUCCCCACCCCGCCCAGGGAGGCUCCCAGACCUGCAGGAGAUCGGGGUACCCCUGUACCAGUCCCCCCCUGGCAGGUACCUGUCCCCAAAGAAGGGCGGCAAUGAAAAUGUGUAA